UUUCAUUCGACAACACGAUGCCUGCUGGUUUGUCUUGGCCAAGAUACAUCUCGAUCUUCGCAGCCUCGAUACUGACCAGUUUCGCUGGAGCCCAGUGUGUACAUAUGUAUUAUAAGCCACUCGAUGAUCUCGAGCAGCUCGUUCAGCAGGAACUCGAGAGGAGAAGAAGAGCCAGAGAAGAAUCCAAAUCGUCAGCUAGUAUCUAGUCAAAAAGCCAAAAAGCGGGGAUGUCAAAGAAAGUAGUGUCUUUGCUCUAUGCCAAAGAGAAUCAUCUUUCUGACUGAUGACGCUCAAGGUGGU